AUGCCGAUAACCAAACCGCUCGGAACAAACACAACUCUUCGAUCUCAACCACCACAUCAGUUCACUAAACCACCACUCUUUAUAAUCCUAACCGUGAUCCUCCUCGUCGUCUUCUUCAUCGGUUUCUGCGCUCUCUAUUUCUGCAAAUGUUUGUUCCACUCUGUCUCACAGGCUUGGGAUCGCCAUUACGGCAACGGAUCACCCGAAACUCAAAACCAGUCACAACAAGAAAACGCCGGUCAACCACCGGUUAACCCCGGUUUAGAGCCGCAUAUCAUCCAAUCCUUCCCGUUAUUUCCAUUCUCCUCGGUGAAAGAUCUUAGAGAAGAUAACCAAGGACUCGAAUGCGCGAUUUGUCUUCUCGAAUUCGAAGAAGAACACAUCCUCCUACGACUUCUUACAACAUGUUACCAUGUUUUCCAUCAAGAAUGUAUCGAUAGAUGGCUCGUAUCUAACAAAACAUGCCCUGUUUGUCGUAGAAAUUUAGAUCCUAACGCACCUGAAAACAUCAAAGAGCUCAUCAUAGAAGUCAUACACGAAAACAGCAACGGGAAUAACGAGCAACCUUCGACAUCGAACGAGGUUUCGUUGUCGAGACAGAGCAGUAGUAGUGAUAAGACAGAGCCUUUACCAGAUAAAUUCUCGAGAUCGAAGACGACGGGUCAUUCGAUAGUGAGGAAUAAACCGGAGGAAGAAAAUCGGUAUACGUUGAGAUUACCGGAUCAUGUUAAGAUUAAGGUUACGAGGAGACAUAAUAAUAACCAAACAGAGAGUUGUAUUUCUUUUGGUGAGCUUAUGAGAAACAAAGAAGGCCGGUUUGGUGAACUCUCUGGUCAAUCACUUGUACCGGAAUCCCAUAAUUAA